CCAUACCUAUCACAAGGAAAAAUGGCCAAAGUGUGUUUGCUCUUGCCGGCUCUGUUGGUGCUCAGUUCUAUGGGCCACGUGGAACCAUCAGAGAAUCAGCGCCUCUUCAGACAUGCGGCAGAUCGCAUGAAGUCCUUGCAUCUGAUGGCUGUGAACAUGAUCAGCGACUUUGAGAACAGCCUGGACUUUGAUGACCGCGUAGAGAUAGGCAGCAACUUCCUGUUGUCCAACUGCUUCUCCGACUCCAUCCAGGCCCCAACCAACAGGGAGGAGAUUCAGAAGAGUACCCUACUGAAGGUUCUACGCAUCUCCUACCAGCUACUGGUGUCGUGGGAGUACCCCAGCCAGGCUUUUAGUGGAACCUUAACCAACAGCCUGAAGCCCAACGCCAUCACAGACAGACUCACUGAUCUGAAAAUGGGUCUCCGCAUCAUUAUCAUGGAGCACUUGACUGGCCAGUCCACUGUUGAGGAGUACUUAUCGGCACCUGCAGUCUUUGACGAGUCUUACCUGAAUGAUGGUGCCCCGGGGAAGAUCUACUCUCUGAUGGCCUGCUUCAGACGGGACAUCCACCGUGUGGAGACCUUCCUUAGGGUCGCCCACUGCCGUGUGUCCCCCAAGGAGUUUUCAUACAGAGAAGAUCCUACACCCAUCCUCACCUGCAAAAUGACUAAAGGGAGCUUGUUGUUGCUGCUACUGCUGCUGAGUAUGACUGGAAAUGGCGCAGUGGCUAUCAAUAGUCAGCAUCUUUUCAACAACGCUGUCAUUCGUGUGCAAGUCCUGCACCAGUUGGCUGCGAGAAUGAUCAAUGACUUUGAGGAGAGCCUGUUCCCGGAAGACCGCAAGGCUCUGAGUAGGAUCUUCCCCCUAUCUCACUGCAUCUCGGACAACAUCCCAGCCCCCAGCGACAAGGACGAGACCCAGAGGAGCUCCGUUCUCAGGUUGCUCCGCACAUCGCUCCGGCUCAUCGAGACAUGGGAAUACCCAAGCCAGGCUUUCAGUGGGGCCUUUUUUAAUAGCCUGGGGCCCAACGCCAUCUCAGAAAAGCUCAACGACCUUAAGAUGGGUGUCAGCUUGCUCAUUGGGGCCUACCUGAAUGGUCAACCUGACAUGCAGGGCAAUGACUCUCUGCCCCUGCCCUUUGAGGACUUCUACCUGACCCUGGAUGACAAUGACCUGAGCAAGAGCUACCGCCUUAUGGCCUGUUUCCGCAAGGACAUGCACCGCGUGGAGACCUUCAUCACCAUGGCCAGGUGCCGAAGGUCCCCAGACACCAACUGCACCCUCUGAAAGCAGCCGGGUGACCAGGGACACCUUGCCAAACCACCAACCAACAGGCCCAACACCGAUGGCCACAAUCCACUGAUAGUUCUUUAUACCCUCUACAACUUUUCUUAUUUUUUAAAACUAUUAUUAUGAGGGGGGGUGGUCAUCACACUGGAGAUCUAGUUUGAAUUAAAAUUGUUAUUUUUAAAUGGUAUCCCCAGAUCAUAGUGGAAUCUGGAAUCGGAUUUAGAUCUGAUCAAGAAUAGAUGAAUAGAUGAGUUCCUACGUUAGCUGACCAUCUGACCUGUUAUUGUUCUUGUGUUCUGUAAUGUGUUGUGAAAGAACCAUGCUUAGAACCAUGCUUAGCUAAGCCUAAACACAAGCUCACAAUGGUGCUAUGCAAAAAAGUAUAUUUGCUAUGGCUUCUGAUAAACAUGAAAAAAUCAGCCAUUAUUGUCCAGUGUUAAAUAUGUGGAUUUGUCUUUUUUAACCACUCACUAUAAUACUUAUCGGAUUUGCAAACACAUUGCAAUGAGCAGUUGUUCAGAUGGUAACUUAUGGCCAUGUUAACUUAUUCAGAUUUAUUUUCAAAAGUUGACUCUUUAAUCGUAUUUAGUAGGUACUCUUAUCAAUAUCUGUGUAAGUAUGGUAUUUUCCAAUAAAGAGUUGCAGCACUAA